CCGCCCCGGGCGCUCGUCCGGCACGCGCGUUAACGCCCCUUUAUGUAUUAAUAAAGCCUAUAAUCGUUCUAUAACCUGAACGAAAUUCUUUGGCGUUACUAUCAUAAAAAUGGGUGUAAAUUGGAAUAAUUAGCGCUUUCAUAAACACUUAUCCUGCAAUUUAUUGGCGAUAAAUAAACCUCCGAAAAGUUUUUAUUGUUCUGUUAUCAGUCACUAAAGGUUAUGACUACUACUUUGAUAAUUGGAGGUGAGCUUGGACCCAGAAGUGAAUGGUGCUAGAGAUGGAAUAGAGAAAGUUAAUAUUGGAAAUACACCUACUAUAAAUGCAGGAAUAAGCAGUCCCAUUAUGGAGGAGAUAGCAACCGAGCGUGCGAACAAUAUAAUAAUAACGGUGACAGAGCCUCAAAAAAUCGGCGAAGGCAUGAGCUCAUACGUCGCAUACCGGGUUCUCUCCAAAACCAAUAUGCCUAUAUUUAACAAACACGAAUUUGCUGUACAUAGGCGCUUCAGUGACUUCCUAGGCCUACAUGAGAAAAUGACCGAGAAGUACCUGAGAUCGGGCAGGAUAAUCCCACCUGCACCCGAAAAGAGUAUUGUAGGCACAACAAAACUUAAAAUGUCAUCAACAUCGUCCACGGAAAACGCAAAUGGUGCCAACACGCCUUCAAGUGUUCAAUCUCAAUUCGUCGAAAGAAGGCGGGCAGCUCUUGAGAGAUUCUUGAACCGCGUGGCGCAACACCCCGUGUUGUGCAUCGACCCAGAUUUUCGACAGUUUCUAGAGUCUGAAGCAGAUCUGCCAAAAGCAACAAGCACAUCCGCAUUGAGCGGUGCGGGCGUGUUGCGGCUGUUCAACAAAGUCGGCGAGACCGUGAAUAAGUUUACUUAUCGAAUGGACGAGUCCGACCCUUGGUUCGAGGAAAGAUCUGCCCGAAUAGAAGCCCUAGAAACGUGUCUGAGACGAUUAUUCGGUGCUUGCGAGUCGUUAGCCAACGAACGGCGUGAACUGGGGGUGAGAACACACGACGCAGCCAGGGCUUGUGCGGCACUGUCAGGGGCCGAUCCACAUGCACCCUUGUCCAGAGCCUUAUCUAACCUAGCUGACUUACAUGAAAAGAUAGAACACCUCAGAGUGGAGCAGGCGAAUACAGACUACUACGUGUUAACUGAACACAUCAAGGACUACCUCGGGCUCAUCGGUGCUAUCAAAGACGUGUUCCAUGAAAGAGUAAAAGUGUUCCAGAACUGGCAGCACGCGCAGAUGCAGCUAACGAAACGACGCGAAAACAAGGCAAAGGCUGAGCUUGCCAACCGGCCGGAUAAGAUAGAAACGGCUUCGCAGGAGAUUAUAGAGUGGGAAGCAAAGGUGGAGCGUGGGCAACAAGAGUUUGACCAGAUAUCCCGCGUAAUUAAGAAAGAAGUAGAACGCUGGGAGGAAGCACGGCUUGACGAACUGCGCACCACACUGCUCAGAUAUCUCGACGAACAUAUGAAGCAUCAGGCAAAGUCGAUCCGCUACUGGAAUGCGUUCCUGCCUGAAGCUCGUGCGAUCAAAUGAGUGGGGCGCUGCCGGCGACUCCCCCACUCGCCCUAAAACGCCAAAUUCCACCGCCGCAACCUUACGCGGGCCGCACUUAUUAAGAUACCAAUAACAUAUAAUGUAGAUAAGAAACAAAUACUAUAAUAUACUUACGCGGUGAGACAUAGAAACAGUUACAAAGUUGUUCUCUGAUUUAUUUGCACAUACGCUAACGCACACAAACGACACAUUUUCUUAAUUGAAAACUGAAGUUAAUUUUUUCAUACUUAUUAAUGCAGAUCG